UUGUAGCAUAAUAUAGGAUAAUACUGUUACUUUCCCUUUGGCUUAAGUGCUUAUUUCUUGGAACUCAUUUCUUUAGUAAAGUUUCUCAUUUUUUUUUGUAAUCACUUGUGUUACUCGGACUAGGGUACUUGUACUAGUGUCUGGACAAGUGUACGUGUCAAAGUGUCGUACCCAUGUUCGGGUAUUGUAGCAUAGUAUAGCAUAAUGUUGUUGCUUACCCUUUGGCUUAAGUGCUUAUUUCUUGGAACUCAUUUCUUUAGUAAAGUUUCUAUUUUUUUUUGUUUCUUUACCACAAGAGUGUUACUGCUAAGUUUGCGAGGAGAUUGCUAGGGUACUAGUGUCGGACAAGUGUACGUGUCAAAGUGUCAUACCUAUGUUCGAGUAUUGUAGCAUAACAUAGCAUAAUACUGUUGCUUUCGCUUUCGCUUUCGCUUUCGCUUAAUCGCUUCUUUCUUGGAACUCAUUUCUUUAGUAAAGUUUCUGAUUUUUUUUUGUUUCAUUACCACAACAGUGUUACUGUUACGUUUGUGAGGAGAUUGCUCCAUGCAAAAAGUGGAAGAAGCCUUCUACAAGGCAUUGUGAUGCAUCAGAUAAGGAUGAUAAGUGGAAAUAUGAGAAGAAACUCAGGAAGAAACUCCAUGGAAAUACUACUAUGGUUUAUCACAAGCUUACUGUAUGUGCAUCCUAUCAUCUUCCUGAUGGACCUGAUGUGCCAUUACGUUCAUUUGGUGGCGGACUAAUAUGUAACAGAGAUGGAGAAUGGAUUAUUGGCAUCUCCAUGUGCUUGCACAAUGAUAUCUACUUUGAUUCUGACUGCACUAUUCCAUUCUACAUUGUCCUUCUUGAAGGACUUGAACUUGCAUGGUUGAGAGGGUUUCGAUACCUAGAGGUUAAUCUUGGGUUUGUUUUCCAUCAUAGUUUUUGGUCUGGAUUUACCAAGGAUGUUGUGACUAAGAAAUUCCGUCUCUGUGUUACUUCAUUUUCUGCAAUUAAUCCUCGGUUAUUGGUUAUCCUGAAAACUGUGGAAGAUUACCUCAAUCGAGAAUGGUUUAUCGAAGUGAAAAACACAGAGUUGUUUGGAGAAGAAGCUGGUGUUUUAACUGUCGCAUUAAUGGCUGAUUGUCAAGAUCAAGCUAAGAAAAUAUACGAUUUCAGAACACACCCUUUAAACACAGGGUUUAUGAGCACAGAUAUGAUGAAUAUGGUUUCUGAAAUAGCAAGUUAUGUGAUUGAUAAAUCUGCUUAUAAUGCAUCUGUUCAGGAGAAGAAGUACUUUGGGCUGAAUUAGUUUUGCUGGCCUUUAAUUCUAAGCUUCAAGGAGUACUGCAUAAGAUUCAUCUCAUUCUUCUCUAACUCCGCGUACCGUCUGUGGGAUGGAUUUAAUUGGCUUCAAGAAGUAGCGUCUGUGUUUUUGGUUUUAAUGACAUGUUUCUUAGUAUCUUGUAAGCAGAUCAUUGUCUGGCUUUCUGUCGUUAUAUGCUUUUUAUCUCAUUGAACCUUGUUUAAAGUUAGUUUGCAGUAAUGAAG